AUGGACGCAUACGAUUUCAUAUGGAUCAUUAAGAGCAGCUCCAACGGUACCCUCAAAUUAGAGAAAAUACCAUUUUGGGGGACCACUUUUGAUUUUGAUUGCUCCAACCGGUCCCUCAUAUUCACCCGCAAAAUAAGGAAACUCUCACAUCUUGAUCAAAGUUGGGGAGACUCCACUCUCCCUCAAAACAUUAAAAAUUAUUAUUUUCUCUUUCCUUCAUAUUUUCUCUCCAUCUUCGCGCGACCUUGCUCCUCUCCUGACCUAGAUCGGCACCACCACUUAGAUCGGCACCAUCAAAGCUUUCGUAACUAUCGCCUGCCUCUGCGCUUUCCUCCUCUCUCCCAUCACCUUGAAGCAUUUGACCAGUCUUCCCAUGCCAUUUAUGUGAUCUUUAUGACUGUAUCUGAUGUUGCUUCUGAUGAUUUGUGUCUUCCCCUGCAUUUUAUACGAUCGAUGGAUUCGCAAAACAGUUCAUACUUCACCAGCCUAUUAAGUGGAGGAUCAAGUACCGAUGAUCCCUUGUUUACCCAAGAUUAUGGUGACGUUAAUGAGUAUAGUCCCAAUGUGCCUCAAGUCACCAAUACCCCUUCCAAUACCUCUUCCAUUGCUAGGAAGAAUCAACGGGGAUCCAACUUUGCUAUAGAUGAUGAUAUGAUGCUCAUUUCGGCGUACUUAAAUAUUUGCUUAGAUCCGGUGAUUGGAAACCAACAAAAGUUAGGAGCAUAUUGGGAAAGGAUUGAAAAAUACUUCAAUGAAAACAAGGAAAGUGAGAAUAUAUUCCGAACCAAAGGUUCACUGCAACAUCGGUGGGAUAAAAUACAAAGAGAGGUUAAUAAGUUCUGUGGACAUUAUGCAAAAAUUGAAGGAAGACAACAAAGUGGAUAUACUGAUCAAGACAAGUUGACAAAAAGAGAAACUCGUUUUGAGAGAGCAUACACGCAACAACAAGAGUUGAUUGAUAUUGAGAAGAUGAAGUACACGCAACAACGAGAUUUGAUUGAUAUUGAGAAGCAAAAGUAUAUGCAAAAACAAGAAAUGAUUGAUAUUGAGAAGAAUAAGGAAGAGGAGAGAAUCAUGACUACUAACACUACUGAUAUGCCUCCAAGUUUAGCAAAAUACUAUGAGAGUCGCAAGGCAGAGAUAUUAGCUAAACGAGCUUUGAGUGAGUGUUGA